AUGAAGAAGGGGCAAGCAACUCGAGACCUCCCAGUGGGCUCAUCUGGCAGCCCAACCAGGCUAGAAAAGAAUCUCAAUGGCAAUCAAUACCUCAGCAGCAAAUAUGGAUCGCCAGCCGGUAUCAUGAAGCCGGCAGACAGGCUGCGUCUUACGAAAGAAUGCAAGCACUAUUCGUCGUAUGACGAGAUGCCAGAGAACUUGAAGAAGUACUGGUAUCAGCGCAAUACUCUAUGGCAAUACGACGACUACGACAUACGAAUGACAGACGCCGCCUGGUUUGGUGUCACCCCAGAGCCCAUAGCAGUAGAGAUCGCGAAUGAGCUGGCAGCCAAGCACGACCAGCGCGGGCACAGGCCAAGCGUGAUCAUAGACCUCUUCGCCGGCGCGGGCGGCAACACAAUCCAGUUCGCCCUGUCAGGCCACUGGGACCGCGUCAUCGCCGUCGAGUACGACGCGGCCACGCUCGCCUGCGCGCAGCACAACGCCGAGGUGUACGAGGUGUCCGACUACAUCACCUUCGUGCACGCCGACUGCUUCGACUACCUCAACCGGCUCGUCAACCGGCCCGACACCCUGGACGACGCGCUCAACGUGCGGCCGGGCCAGGGCGAGGGCGGCGUGGCGCUCGCCCGGGGCGUGGAGCUCUUUGCGAGCCCGCCGUGGGGUGGGGUGGGCUACGAGCAGACCGACGUCUUCGACCUGGAGGUGAUGGAGCCAUAUUCGCUGACGCACAUAAGCGCCGCGUGCCGGCCGAUGGCACAUGCGCUGUUCCUGCCACGGAAUGGAGACCUGCGGCAACUUGCAAGCUUGAUCCCCGACGGUUCGGCGGAGAAGCUGGAUGUGGUUCAGUACUGUGUCAAGGGCGCGAGCAAGGGCCUGGUCGCUUACUACCCGCCCGAGAAUGAGCAUCAGGCUCACGAGAUGUCAGGUUGA